GAAAGCCUAAUAAAGCAGUUAUAUUUAAGAUGUGUUAAAAUUGAUGAGAAAGAAAAUAAACACGAAUUGGUAAAAAAAUUAGAAUCAAAACUAAUAAUAAACGCUCAUACAAAUAACAAAGUAUUAGUCGAAGAAUUUAUGGAUAAAGUGAAUAAUAAAACUCAACAGUAA